AUGCCUCCCCUCUCCCCGCCAUGCCUGUCUGUCCUGAACAGAAACUGCCCCAAAGGAUUCAGAUGCUGUGACAAUGGCUGCUGCCUGGAGAAGACAGUGUGGGAUCCCUCGAGUGACCCCUUAAGGAUCCUGUUUAUCAUCUUCCUGGUCAUGGUGCCCCUCCUGUGCAUCUGUGGCCUAGUGAGGCGCUUCUGUCGCAAAUGCAGAGAACCAGAGCAGAACCUCAGAAGGGAUCAUCACAUCCCUCCAGAACCACCCUCCAGUGCCCCCUUAGAGAGGAUCUGGGUCACUUCCUUGGAUCCCCCGCCACCCUACAGUCAGGUUGUUCUGAAGUCUACUACCACAGAACCUCCUCCUCCUCCUUACAGCCUCAGGCCUGAGGAGCCUGCUGAUCAGAUGAGAGGCACUGACAACCCAGCCUUUUAA